UUGUAUUUAUAGGUUAUAUAAAUCAAGUCUUGAAGAACUGAAGAAUCUUGUAAUGAUCAGAGGUGAACUAAAAUAUGAAAUUUGGAUGAAAAUGACACAGCUUCUGAGUCAAAUGGUAGCAGUUUGGAGACAACAAGAGGAUGCCAGAAAACAAAAGCAGAAAGAAGAUGAGAGCUUUUAUGUUACAAAAUGCAAGACACUAAGCGAUGAAGACCAAGAUGCUCUGGAGUUAGAGGAGAUCUUCCCGUCAUCUAGUACCAUUGACUUUGGUGAUCUACAGCAACAGGCAACCUUAGACCAAAUCCCAGUUGCAAAGAAAGACCAGAAUGUGUCUCUAGUUGAUGGGGUGACUGCAGAAGAUGUGGUCUGCAUCUGCCAGAUACACUCUCAUGUAAUGCAGUCUUAUACGAGUUGCGCAUGGUUGUCACCUACUCUUGCCCUCAACAAGUACUCCCAUCUCAGACCGGAUUUCAUCGCACCAUUACUGCAGAGGUAUCAACUGUUUAGUUUGCUCCUAGAGAAGCUGUCAGGAGGUCUUGAUAGCUCUUUGGACACUAGUCUGUAUCCCAGCUUAUCACUACUCACAUCUGUCGCGCUCACCUACAUUGACAAAGGACGGACGAAGUUCUCUGAUGUUGGUGACUUGUCUGUGAGCGGUAGUCCAUCACGUCAGAAGAAGUUCCUUGCCGCAGCUCCUAAAAUUAAGGUGUUUGACUUCUAUAGAGAUGGCUUUGUGAAGGAAGUGAAACAGUGCUUUCCAGUGCUGAUAACUUUAACAAAAAGAGUUAAAGAACUUUUAGCAGAGUGGUCAGAUCAUCCGACUUUGAAACAGAUGUUGGUCAUUAUAGACAGGAUUCUGAACUUUCCAUUAACCAGUCCAGUUUCACGUUUUCUGACUGGUUUUGAGAUCCUAUUGGAUAAAAUGCAUGAAUGGGAAGAGAACGCUUAUAGUGGUGUUAGCUUAGCGGCCCACUGGAAGUCUGUAACAGAUCAAAUUGGCAGCUGGCGGAAACUUGAAUUGCAGUGUUGGAAGGAUUAUCUUGACAAUGCUGCAAGCAGAAUAGAAGCAGCUGCGUCAAAAUGGUGGUUCUACAUUUAUUCCCUGGUGGAAUCAUUCACAAGAGAAAAUGGAACAGAAGCUCCUGCAGAUUCAUCAUCAGAAGAGUUGAUAAAAACUUUUCAAAAGUUUAUGGAACAGUCAACCCUUGGGGAGUAUGAAGCCAGACUGAACAUUUUGUUCACUUUUCACUGCCAUGUUGUUCAUAUGCAACGAACAGUUUGCAGAGAUAAGGUGAUGAACAUUCUGUGGAAUGUGUACCACUACUACUAUCAGUUCUCUGCGGCUGUUGCAGCAUUAAUUAGAGAUUUGAGGUCUCCUAUUGAAAAGAAAUUGAAAGAUUGUGUCAAGAUUUUUCGUUGGGAUGACAUCAGUCACUGGGCCGUUAAGGAAGCCAUAAAGAAAGUUCACAAGACACUUCACAAACACAUCAAAGAGUUUAGGGAAAUCCUGAAUCAACCAGUAAUAGAGUCCUUAAAAAAUCCAACAUCUGAAACAGGAGAUGUGAACUUAGGAAUAUGGGAUCGACCACAGCGCCAUCAACCAAGGACUUACCAAAGCUUGUUUGAACCUCUGCAUUUCAUAUCAGACAAAAGACUUAAGAAAUUAACGGUGAAAUGGGAUGAUAAUAUGGAGGGUCCGCUUCUGAGUCGAUCUGGAUCACUAUUUAUGAAAGCUCGUAAACUUUGCAGAGAAAUAAUUUUGAGCACUCCAUAUGCUAAAUCUGUUCAGACAGUGGAAGGACUGAUUACAGAAGUUAUUGAAACAUCCAGUCACUUGAAGAACUUAGAAAUAUCAGAUGACUUGCCCAAAUCUAAGCAGAAAUCUCAAGCUAAGAACUUCCUACAACAGAAGCGAAAAGCGCUUGCCGAUUUAUUCCGGACUCUCCAGCAAAUGGGACUGUCCUACAGGACUGGCCUUAUGUAUUGGAAUACAGGUGAAGUUGGUACAUAUGAGUUUACUCUGCCACCAAUAGACCUUCGAGCAUCAUUUCAUCACCUCAGAAACAAGCGCAUUGAUGGUCUGCUGUUAUCACUUUGGGAUGGAAGUGAAACUUACUUUAUACGGUCCAUAGCAAGAUUAGCAUUGCUGAAUACCUCUCUUCAGAAUCCAGCCAAGGAUUUGGGACCUUCUGAUAUUGAGAGAUGCAGAGGAUUUGCCAUACAUCUCAUGGUAUUAUCUCGUGAGCAAAAGCUCUUACUCUCGGAGAGCAGUCAGUUGUUAUGCUCACUACGUUCUCAGAGUGCUCAAUUAGCAGCCAUGGAGGAGACGUCUGUAAUGUUCCUCAGACAAUCCCAACUGCAGAGUUGGUUGGUAAGACUGAAGGAUUUGCUGGUGACGUGCGUAAUUUGCUUAGAGCAAUUCCGUAUAUUUCUUUAUUGUUGUCCUUCUGGUGAAGAGCAAAAUAUGAAUUCUAGUGUGGAAAUUCCGAUCCUGGAAUUUAUCGGAGAUUUGGAAUUUCCGCCAAUUGUGAAAGCUACAAAGGGCGAUCUCACUUGGAAUAUGGCAGUCGAUAAAGUUAAAUCCUUGGUGACUUCGGCAUCAAAGCUCAAAUAUACAAUUGAAAAAUCAGAAACCAUUCCGGCGUCUCUGUAUGACACGAAAGUUGGAGACGCUAGCUCUACACCAUCGCAUAUGUUAAUAUCAUGUGCGCAGUAUGAAGCAUUGGUGAGUGGCUAUAAACAAGUUGAGGAAUUUGUAAAAGAUAUGGAUGUGUUGAAGUCUGUGUUUGAACUACCCAGUAAGCCCCAGGAGUGCAAGGAAAGGCAGGAAACUGAGCCUCGUGUAACUGAAGAGGGUCCGCCGAAGAGACACCUGAAUCCGAUGAUAGACAGCUUGAUUUGGUUGCAACAAUAUAUGCUCGAUGAAGCACAAAAAUUCUUGACGUGUGUGAAGGAAAAUGGUUCUGCGUCUGAAUACGAGAUUUCCACGACAUCUGAAUUAAUAAGUUGUACUAGUCCAAGGAAUGCUAAGCAGGAAACUAUAGUCAAGGACUUCAGAGAAGAUACAGAAAGGUUUCUGAAAACUGUUCUGGUGAUAAUACAGGAAGUUUAUAAGAAACUUAGUAAGAAAAGUGAUGAACCAGAUGAAGACAUGGAAAAUGAUGCAAGACAAAGUAUGGCUGCGGAGAAUACUAAGGAAGAAGGAAGUGAAAUCCGAGACGGACAUCUGAAAGUAGUUGAAUCUUUAUCCACUACUCUGUCCACGCUUCGCAUGACCCAAAUAAAUGAAGAGUUAAAUGGAUUAUUGCAGAGACUCAUAAGAAUUAUGGAUUCAGGAAGUAUCCAAGAAGGAAAUAUCUGCAAAAGGUUGCUCCUGCUCUGUCUGCCGUGCCUGGACCAGCUAGUGCUCUUCUACCAGUUCUUUGUGACGCAGCAGGUGGCUUCGUAUCGAGUUUGCUGCAAACUGCUCUCGGUACUACUGGCCAUCUUCCUUGAGCUAGUACAAAAGGGAUUUUGUAUUCCUUCUGAACUUGCCGCAAAUGAAGAAGGAUCUCAGAAGGACAAUCCUGCUGGUGGAUUGGGACUGGGAGAAGGAGUAGGGGAAAAGGAUAUCUCUGAACAAAUAGACAGUGAAGAGCAAUUGGAAGAUGCCAGACCAAAAGGAGAAGAAAAAGAAGAAGAUGAUAAGGACUGCAAGGAGGAAGAAAAUGGAAUUGAAAUGUCACAAGACUUUGAUGGUAAGGUGCAAGAUUUGGAAAAGAAAGCAGACGAAGAGGAUGAGUCUGACUCUGAUAAAGAUAAUGAAGAGGAACCAGAUAAGGAAAUGGGAGAAACAGAUGCUGGAGCAGACAGAUUGGAUCAGCAGAUUUGGGGCAGUGAUUCCGAGGAUGAGGUAGAAGAAAAUAAUGAAGCCGAAAGGGGAACCGGAGAAAAAAUUGGAGAUCGAGAACUUGGAGCAAAUGAUGAAAAUAAUAAACCUGGAGAGGAGAGUGAUGGAGAGGAAAGUGGGAAACAGGAAUUAAAGAGGAAAGAAAUCAAUGAAAUGGAUGAUCCAGAUGAAAAUGAUGAUCAGAUAGAUCCAUAUCAUGGCAAGCAUGAGCCACUGCCUGAACCUGAACCACUCGACCUUCCUGAAGAUCUACAGCUUGAUGAUGAUGAUGAAAAGAAGGAAGGAGGAAAUGAGGACGGAGAAGAGGAAAAUCCCUUUGAUAUUGACAAAAUGAAAGAACAAAAGGAAUCGGAGGAACAAGAAAAUGAAGAAAAAGAGUUAUCUGAAGAAAGUGAGCAGAUAAAUACUAUCAAUGAAGAAAUGGAAGAAAGCAGAGAAAAAGAACCAGAGCAAGAUGAGAUUGAAGGGGGAGGCAGUAAGGAUGAAGAAAAGGCAGGGGAUGAGCCGAAAAUUGAACCCGAGAAAGAAGUUGAAGAAGAAACAGCAAAAUCAUCUGAGGACCACCCAGCUGAUAUUCCUGCGGAAGCUGCAGCAGAAAUGGACUGGAUGUGUGGAUCAAAAGAUCAGGUUGUCUCUGAUAUAAAGAAAGAUAAAAGUGAGAUGGGCCAACAACAUCCUGAAGAUGAUAACGCAGAAGAAAACGACGAAAAGCAAGGCGUAGGGCAAGCACAGUCUGAGAAGACAGAUACAGGACACUAUGGAGAUAUGGCAACACCCAAGGAUAAUGUUCAGACUGGUAACAGCCAAAAGGAUGAGAACGUGAAGAGAAGACAGCGUUUACGAGAAAGUGACGAUAACAGAAGCCUGGCUGAGGUUACCGAGCCUGUUAAGAAGAAACUUAGAACAAUAAACAUUGAAGAGGAAGAUGAUAGAGAAGAUCAAGAUGGGGAUAAAUGUAAGGAGGAAAACGCUGAGCAAGGAGAGACUGCUGACAUGUACCAGCAUAUCAAAGAAGCCAAAAAAACAUUUGAUGCUGAGGUUUUGGAUGCUGCAACCAAGGAACAAGCAGAGAAGCAAUCAAUUCCAAAUUUGGAGGAUGAAGAUGGAGAAGACGCUAAAGAAGAUGACAAUAUGGACUUUCAAGAAGACUUAGUUUCAGAUGAAGAGGAAAUCCCUACAAAGAGUUCAGAGAAAAUUCCAGGUGAUAAGAAGCACAGUGAAAGUAAAGAUGAGAAAAAGUCUGGGACGAACGUUGAUGACGGUGGAGACGUAGAAAUGAGUGUGGAGGUUGAAGGUGACAAAGUGGAAACGCUUGGUGCCGCAAGAGGCAGUGAGACUACAUUCCAUACCAUGUUUGGUGAUAUUACAACUGAUACCUCUCAGUAUGAAUUAAUGUCUCCAGAAGAUUACAACACUUUGAGGUCUCAAUUGGAAAGCCAGAUAGCAACUUGGAGUCAGCCUCCACCGAAUGAAGAAGCAGAGAAAGCGUGGGAGUUGUUCAGUGCUGUAACUUCAGGAUUGGCUCGAGACCUGAGCGAACAACUAAGGCUCGUGUUAGAACCUACCCAGGCCUCUCGUCUUCGUGGAGAUUAUCGUACAGGACGUAGAAUCAACAUGAGGAAGGUAAUUCCAUACAUAGCAAGUCAAUUUCGAAAAGAUAAGAUUUGGCUGAGAAGAACAAAGCCAUCUAAACGGGAAUAUCAGAUCGUGUUGGCCAUUGAUGAUUCUUCCAGUAUGGCAGACAAUCGUUCAAAACAGCUGGCAUUUGAGUCAUUGUCUCUUGUAAGUCGAGCAUUGACUUUAUUAGAGGCUGGAGAAUUAGCGGUGAUAAGUUUUGGAGAGAUGCCCAAAGUGUUGCAUCAGCUGGGACAUCCUUUCACAGAGAGAAAUGGUGCAAGAUUGCUACAACAAUUCUCGUUUGAUCAGAACAACACCCGCGUGGGACAGCUUGUAGACUUUGUAACAACAAUGUUUACAGCGAGCCAUCGCCGAUCAUCGAGCAAUAAUGAGCGAGCUCAGUUAUUGGUAAUUGUAUCAGAUGGUCGUGUCGUGAGCGAGGGGCCCGACAGGGUGAAGCAGGCAGUCCGGAGGGCCAAGCAGAAUGGCAUCUUCAUGGUCUUUGUCAUUGUGGACAACCCUGAAAGCAAGGAUUCCGUUCUGGAUAUUCAGCAACCGAUAUUUAGCGGGAGCAAGUGCGUGGGCUUUUCAUCCUAUCUCGAUAAUUUUCCAUUCCCA